CUGUUCACACUUGCUUCAUCUUAUUAAGAACAUCACAACUUUGCAUCUUUCUAUCUAGAAAAAAUACAGCGAUGAUGACUAUGGCAGAGAACUCCAAGGCCAAAACAUCUGUUUGGUGGGAUAUAGAGAACUGUGAAGUUCCAAAAGGAUGGGAUGCACAUGCUAUUGCGCAGAAUGUUGCUUCUGCUUUGUUGAAUAUGAACUACUGUGGUAGUGUCUCAAUCCUUGCUUAUGGUGACACUAAUCUCAUCCCUCACCAUAUUCAGCAAGCUCUCUCUUCUACUGGUGUUGGACUUAAUCACGUCCCUGCAGGAGUGAAAGAUGCAAGUGACAAAAAGAUUCUAGUGGAUAUGUUACUAUGGGCUGUAGACAACCCUGCACCAGCCAACAUCAUGCUCAUCUCAGGUGAUAGAGAUUUCUCCAAUGCUCUUCACCAGCUGAGUAUGAGGAGGUACACCAUUCUUCUUGCUCAGCCUCCACGUGCCUCGGCUCCGCUUGUUUCUGCUGCCAAAAAUGUAUGGCUUUGGACAAGCUUAGCAUCUGGAGGUCCUCCUCUUACAAGUGGUGAAGAAUCCUCUCAAUCCAGCAAACCAACUGGUUCAACUUCUGUUACUGGAGAUAGUAAUGAUCACAAAACCAAAGAUAACCAUGUUCUAAGAGGAGCCACAGGAGAAUCUGUUAUUUCUUCAGAUAAAAGACACACAUCUCAGGAUUCGUUUGUAACCAGUCACAAAGCUCAUGCUAGUGUUUCAUCAAAACCUAUACAUGAAGCAGAUGUUGUGGAACCUGUGUUUUGUACUGUUUGUCAGAUGAGCUGCAUCAAUAAGGAGGCAUAUGCAAAUCACAUAUAUGGUAAAAAACACCGAAACAACUUGGAGCUGCAAUCAGGUAAGUUUGAAAAGGUGUCACAAGGGGCGGUUUUGCUUCCUAAGGAGGUUCUGACAAGAGAGGAGAAUAAGAAAAAGACGAGGAGAAGUAGGACAAGACCAAAUGCUGGAUACGCUUGUCGUUUGUGCAAUGUGGCAUGCCAGAGUCAAGUUGUCUAUGAUUCUCAUCUCAAGGGUCAGAAGCAUGCUGCCAUGCUGAGUAAGUUGGAUCAGACACUCAUUGAUUCUAAGAAGCUUCAAGAGAAAGGUGUUGGAGAAAAGUAUAAACCAAGAGAAGUAAGUUCAGAGCCUAGGUUUCAGUCUCAAGACAGUCAAGAGAACACCAAGUGGGUUGAGAAGCAUGUUGCCAUGGUGAAUCAAUCAGAGGCAUUACCAACAGAACUUAAGUUACUGUCACCAAACACUCAAGAGAAGACCAAAUGCUUGGAGAAGCAAAGUGAAGAGCUCAGAGAGAUACUACUUGGCACCUCAAAAAGCAGAGUAAAAGAAAAGUUUCUGAGAACUAAAGACCAGGCAGAGACUGUUAACAACAAACAGCUUUUAAAUGAAGAAGCAAGAGAAUGUUUUGAUGGCAUUGUCAAGCCUGUAAACCAGUCUGAAGUAGCAACAAAGAAGCAGAAGGAGCGCCGAGCAGUACAAGCUGGAUCUAAGCUUUGUCAUCUUUGCGUAGUGAUUUGUGAUAGUCAGGGUUUUUCCACACUGGUUUGUGAUGAGAAACAUCAUUGGCCACGAGAAGAAAGUGACCAAGGGGAACAAGAAGCUAAAGAGGAAGUGAAGAAGAUAAACGCAGUAUCUGAGAACCUAGUGCAUGUUUUCAAUGGACUGAAUCGAGAGUCUAGAAUACUCCAAGAAUCGAGAGGAUUUUUGGAUGUGAUUCCUGAGAGAGUACAAGUGCUACCAGAUGUGAAUGUGACUGUGAAGUUGGAAGAUGAGUUCAAGCAUAAACAGGAACGUGAAAAGAAGUAUGUAGGACGUAAGGAGCAUCCCGGAGAGGCUGCUAAAAGGGAAGAGAGUAAGAAGGUCCAAGUUGAUAACUUGUGGACACGCCUUUGGUGGGGAAAGAGUUAGAAAUGUUCGCAUUGAAUGGAAACUAUAAUAUUGUGAACGUUAAAUAUUGUGAAUGGUAUGUUUAUGUUGGCAGCAGUGAUGGUUGUGUGUGAAACCAAUUAUUAGGUGAAAAUAUGAUUAAUUGGAUGAGUUGGUGUGUUCUAAAUAUAAUGCUAAGAUUCAAAUGGACUUGAAACAAGAAUUAAACACAGCUUUUC